AAUUUUUAAAAACCCUAAAUUUUCCUUUCUCCUCUCUCGCUGCUCUCCUCUUCCCCCUCACUGUUCUUCCUCUUCUCUCGCUCUCGUUGUUCGUCCGUGUCUUCGUCCCCCUCGCGGAUCCUCGUCAAGGUGUGCGAGUGACGAGGCUGGACGAGGUUGGUUGAGCGCGACGAACCAGCGAGGUAGUUCGAAGUCCUGCGCGAGAGGAGGUGCGACGAGCAGGACGCGGGUUUUGUGCGAAGUGGGGCUGUGCGACGAGGUGCUGCGAGUGACGAGGCUCGCGAGCGGUUUUGUGAGGUUGUGCGAGAAGCUCGAAGGCUUCGCGAGUCUUCGACGGAGUUCGAGUGGGGCUGACGCGAAGCUUGUGGUGAGCGAGCGAGGGAGUCCGUGAGUGCGAGGGACGCUGCGAGGGACCCUGCACUUCCUUCCAUUUUAAUUAGUGCUUCUUCUCAGAAAUUCAUACAUUCAACUAUUUGAGAGAAAGGGCAAAAUGGGAUGGAAAGCAGCUCAAAAACUCAUCCGGAAUUGGAAGAUUGUGAGAGGAGACAAUGUGAUGAUAAUUAGGGGUAAAGAUAAAGGCGAAACGGGUACCGUUAAGCGUGUCGUUCGAUCUCAGAAUCGUGUCUUAGUUGAAGGAAAAAAUCUUGUCAAAAAACACAUAAAACAAGGGCAAGGUCAUGAAGGUGGCAUUUUUACAGUUGAAGCUCCACUGCACGUUUCAAAUGUGCAAAUUGUUGAUCCAGUUACGGGAAAACCUUGCAAGGUAGGGAUUAGAUAUCAAGAGGAUGGUACAAAGGUUCGAAUCUCAAGGGGUAUAGGAGCAUCAGGGUCUAUAAUCCCUCGUCCUGAGAUUUUGAAGAUAAGAACCACGCCAAGACCUACUGCUCCUGGUCCUAAGGAUACCCCGUUGGACCUUGUCCUGGAGGAGACAUAUAAUCCUAAAACUGGAAAGGGAAUGCCAGAUCUAUAAGGGGCUGAUCUGUAGGUGGUUUAGAUGGAAAAAGCAUUGGCUCAAGGACUUACUGACAGCGAAGUUGAUAUUUUCAUAUGUUGAUGCAGUAGUUUUUUUCGCCUGAUAUAAUGUGUCAUGGUGGUUAGUUCUAAUAACGCCUUGUGGUGAUUAAUUUUGCUGUAGCUUGUGUAUGCUAAAAAAGAUUGUGCAAGUGAUCUGUUUCUUUGCAGAGUGA